GGUGCAACGGACGACGAUGAAGAAAGGGAGUCAAUUGCUUAUUACUCUGCUCUUCCUCCUCUUGUGUUGUCUCAUUCCCAGAAUUAAAUACAAAACCCUUUCAUUUUAUUAUUCAUUGCAUCUUCUUCUCACAAUUGCAUAACCAUUUACUCCUAAUUUCUGACCUCUCAACAGCAAUCAAGAUUCUUUAUUAGCCUGUUGAACAUACAAAAGCAGGUAGGUACUUCAAGCUAGUAGCUGUUUGGAGCAGCCUGCUGGAUAUUUCAACUUUGAAAUGGAUCAGAACGCUGCUAUGGAGGAGGGAAAGGUUUUGAAAAAUGGGCUUGAAUUGGUGAAAUCGGUUGCAGAUAAACAUCUUGGUCUUUUGAGGCCGUCAUCUCGCUUAUUUUUAAUGUUUAAAGGGUAUACAUCGAAAAACAAUGAUCGUGAAAAAGGCAAGUAUGCACAUAUCAACGAAAAUGGUUUCCAGCAAGGACUUUAUGACAAACCGCUCCCUUGUUUCGGUUGUGGAAUCGGAUGGUUUUCUUUCUUAAUAGGGUUUGGGUUCCCUUUGAUGUGGUACUAUGCUACAUUCCUCUAUUUGGGAAGCUAUUAUAGGAAAGAUCCUAGGGAGCGCGCGGGUCUUGCUGCUUCUGCAAUUGCUGCAAUGGGGUUUUCAGUUAUCUUGUUUAUUGUAGCGACAAUUUUCUACUUUUCUAGCUGAUGAUGCUGGCGUAUGAUGAUGUUUUUGUCGGUUGCUUGAUUGAAUCCGAACAGCCGCAGCAGCUUGUAGAUACAACAUACAAGUAUUGAGUAACAUGAAAAUAGAUGAAACUUGUAUACCAACUAAAAUGUACAAUCUUGAGAACCUUUACAAUCUUAUUACUCAAAUUUUUGCAUGUAUAUUGGAUUUCUUUCCUUUUUGCUUUGAAUGUUAUUUACAGAUUUUAAGAA